AUGGCGGACUCCCAGUACAAGCCCACUGGUAAGGGAGACUACCACCUCUUUACUUCGCAUGAAACUGACUGGCAAACAGAGCACGGCGGCCUCAAGCAGGACGGUACCCCAGACAAGCGCGUCGGCACUGGCGAGUUUGCCCAGGGCAAGGUCGACCCCCAUGAGGCCGGAAAGCAGGGUGGACACACCUCUGGAUCUGGAUCUGAUGGCUCAGCCGACAGCUCUUCAGGAAACUCUGGUGGCAGUGCCAAGGGAGAGUUCGCUCACGGCAAGGUCGACCCCGUCGAGGCUGGAAAGAAGGGUGGUCAAACCUCUUAA